CCGCGAUUCCGAAGGUCGAAGAUGGAGACACUGCCUGGAUUGCUGGUUCUCGCGGUGAUUCUCCUCGGCGUCCCCGGGGGGACGGUCGGGAUCAUGUACUCCAGCUGUCGGCAUCGACAAGGACUCCGACUCGCUUCGACGCCCCUGGCGACCUAUGCGGGUCUGGCCUCGAAUGAUUCCCGAAUCUGCUUGGAGAUCUGCGCCCAGAACCCCUCUUGCAGCGCAUACAACUUCCAGGUGACGACGAACACGUGCGAGUUGUUGCCACAGGCGUUUUGCAAUCUGAAUAAUACCCUGGGUCUGACCUCUGAUCCCAGCUGGAGCUACUGCGACGUCGGCUUCAAGUCCGGACAGGUAGCGUCUGUUGAUCUGAUGAACACGGCUGCGUGCACCACCAAUGGCUACUGCUCUGCUUCUUGCGUUCGACGAUACGGAGAGGCUUGUGAGGCGGCGGAACAGUGCACAGCAUCAAACGCUGGAACGGUCUGCACCAACGGUAUCUGCGUCUGUCCCGCCAACUACACCUAUGAUUCCAUCAACAGCAAAUGUGUCGUGAUAACUACGACGACCACGACCACCACCACUACCACCACCACCACCACGACUAAACCAACAACAACCAGUACCACUUCGACCACCCAACCAACAACAACCGGUACCACCACGACCACCCAACCAACGACAACAACAACCGGUACUACCACGACCACCCAACCAACAACAACCGUCGACAACAUCCACCUCUACCGCCUCGACGACCACCUCUACGCAGUCAACAUCCACCACCAGCGGGACGACGACGACGACGACCACGCCAGCGCCAACCACAUAGUUACAGUACAGACGAGAUACGACGACGACGAGCUGCCGCGUCUCCUGCGCAAGACGGCCGACAACUGGGAAUGCCUCCCGGAAACCAGCCGGGAGAUCCUGGAGACCUGGGCCGGGUUACUCCUCGGGGACGACGUCGUCCUCGGCUUCCUUUGCUCCUUGCCCGAGUAUAGGAAUCAUUUCGUCUCGCGUCACGUGGGGUUCUUCGGCAGAGCGAGCCGCGCCCUGAAGAAGAAACACGUGCUGCCGCUCGUGCUGGGCUUGAGCGUCCUCGUCCCCGCGAUGGUGUUCGUCUGCUUCGUCGGGAUGAGGCAUUGGAUCCUCCCGCUCUGGGGACGGAACCUCCCGGCCGUGACCCUCGAGGACGGGGAGGAGGCGGAAGGUCCUGCCUUUCCCCCGGGCCGAUCCUGCUUCCUCUUUCCCAGAAGAUCUCGGAAGCAAGAAUUCUAUCGAUUCCCGUGA